CAUAUAUACCAGGUGCCUCUUCUAUAAAUUCCUUAAACCAUUCCCUCACCAAUCACAUUAGUCUCCUAACUGUUAUUAGACCACUGAACUGAACUCCUUACCAAAAACAUGAAGUUUGGUAAGGAAUUUGUAUCACAAAUGGUGCCGGAAUGGAAAGAAGCAUACAUGGACUACGAUUACCUGAAAACCCUCUUGAAAGAAAUCCAAAGAUUCAAGCAGAGAACCGGACUACAAACAGUCCCGCCUAGAUUGGGCCGAAGGCAAACGCUGUACAGGGCUUUCAGUGGCCUGACAAGAAGAAGCUACACCCCCCUGAGCCCGCCGCGCGCGUCCGACGUCGAAAACCAAGUCAUUCUGGUGAAUUCCAGCAGCAGCCAAGGGGGCAGGUUCGAGACCAUGUUUCUCAUGGCGGCGGACGAGGGGGGAGAGUACGAGCUGGUCUACUUCAAGAGGCUGGAUGACGAGUUCAACAAGGUCCUUGAUUUCUACAAGUCUAAAGUUGGAGAGGUGAUGGAGGAAGCGGCUGUGCUGGACAAGCAGAUGGAUGCCUUGAUUGCUUUCAGGGUGAAGGUGGAGCGUCCGGAUCAGGAGGGGUGGUUUUUCGAUCGCGAGGCCGAGAUGAGGAGUCUGGCCUCUGGAGUUGCUGCUUCUGCUGCUGCAUUGUCUGCUUCCACUCCACGCGGAGCUAGAGGAAAAGCUCCCAUGGUUGCAAUAGAUGAAGAUGGGCCUAGCAGCCAGGGCCCGUCGGAUGACUCAAGUGACGAUAAAAGUGAAAAAGAAUCAAAAACAUUGAUUCAGAUGGCCAAACAGGAGAUACCGAAUAACAUAAGGGCAAUCAGACCGGCUCCACUGGAAAUACUCAACCGUGUGAAAAUGAACAACACCGCUGAGACUCCUCGUUCCACCAUAAAAGGAUUCCUCAGUAUUCCCAGGCAGGAAGAAAUUAAGUUCAACAGGGAUAAUCUCAAGAAAGUCGAAGAACAACUCAAGCGCGCUUUCGUUGAGUUUUAUCACAAGCUUCUCCUUCUUAAGAAUUUCAGCUUCUUGAAUAUACUCGCGUUCUCAAAAAUCAUGAAGAAAUAUGAUAAGAUUACUUCGAGAAAAGCAUCAAAAGCUUACUUGAAGAUGGUGGAGAAAUCCUUCCUUGACAGCUCUGAUGGGGUUACAAAGCUUAUGGACAGGGUUGAAGCCACAUUCAUCAAGCAUUUUUCAAACUCAAACCGCAGAAAAGGGAUGAGCAGCUUAAGGCCUAGAGUAAAGAAAGAAAGGCACAGGGUAACAUUUUCUUUGGGUUUCUUGUUUGGCUGCACAGUGGCCCUCUUACUUGCCCUUGUUCUGAUUAUGCGUGCACGCGAUCUCCUAAAUCACACAGGUCGGGAUCAAUACAUGAGAAAUAUGUUGCCCCUUUAUAGCUUGUUUGGAUACAUUACUCUCCACAUGGUUAUGUACGCGGCAAAUAUAUACUUCUGGAGGAGGUACAGAGUCAAUUACCCAUUUAUAUUCGGUUUCAAGGAGGGAACUGAAUUGGGGUACCGAGAAGUUCUCCUCCUAAGCUGUUGUGUUGCAGUGCUAUCAACAGCAGCUGGUCUCGCGAACCUUGACAUGGAAAUGGACCCUAAAACUCAGGAUUACAAAGCAAUCACUGAGCUUGUACCUCUGGGGCUUUUAGUGCUACUUCUUGUCAUAUUGCUUUGCCCGUUGAAUAUCAUUUAUCGAUCAAGUCGAUUCUUCUUGCUCGGUUGUUUGUUUCACUGUUUAUGCGCCCCACUCUACAAGGUGACACUUCCUGAUUUUUUUCUAGCAGAUCAACUAACAAGCCAGGUGCAAGCAUUAAGGAGUCUAGAGUUUUACAUUUGCUACUAUGGAUGGGGAGACUACAAGAAAAGACUUAAUACUUGCCAAGACAAUGAUGUUUACAAGGCCUUCUUUUUCAUUGUUGCUGCAGUUCCGUACUGGAUUCGCCUCCUCCAGUGCCUCCGACGCCUAUACAAAGAGAGAGUUCCAAGGCAAGGAUUCAAUGGGCUGAAAUACUUGUCAGCAAUAGUAGCUGUUUGUAUGAGAACUGCUUACACUCUCAACAGAGGAAGUCGCUGGAACCUGUUAGCUUGGAUUGCCUCAGUUAUUGCAGUAAUCUUCGGUACCUACUGGGACCUUGUCGUAGACUGGGGGCUUUUCCAAAAGAAUUCAAAGAACCGAUGGUUGAGAGACAAGCUUCUUGUCCCACAUAAAAGCGUAUACUUUGCUGCCAUGGUUUUGAACAUGUUGCUGAGGUUAGUUUGGAUGCAAACGGUGCUAAACUUCAGCGUUCCAUUCUUACAUAUACAAACUCUAACCGCACUUGUUGCAGUUCUAGAGAUCAUUCGUCGUGGAAUUUGGAAUUUCUUCAGGUUGGAGAAUGAACAUCUGAAUAAUGUGGGCAAAUACCGUGCGUUCAAAACUGUACCGCUACCUUUUAACUAUGAUGAAGAUGGAGGCAAAGAUGAAUGAAAUGAGAAUUUUGAAAGCUUCAGAUUAACUCUCACUUUUUUUUAACAGAUUCUUUUUUUUGUUUGCUCGAGUGAUCAGUGCUCCGGAAUUCUUAGUCUGGAACAAUGACGGAAGGGGUAGAAAAUUUCGAAUAACAUUUUUGUAAACUCUAUCAAGCCGUGCACUUUGCCAAAUAUACUUUGUAUGUACAUUUACGAACUGUGAAAUGUAUCUAAUGUUCUGAUUGCGUGAUA